CAUUAUCCUCCUCUCUCUCUCUCUCUCUCUCUCUCUCUCUCUCUCUCUCUCUCUCAAAAUGGAUAAAAAACCAUGGAGCUCUCAAGAUCAAGAGGUGAGAAAAGGGCCAUGGACUAUGGAAGAAGACUUGAUCCUCAUCAACUACAUAGCCAAUCAUGGUGAAGGUGUAUGGAACUCACUAGCUCGAUCCGCAGGUCUGAAACGUACUGGAAAAAGUUGUCGGCUUCGGUGGCUGAAUUACCUCCGACCGGACGUGAGGAGAGGGAAUAUUACACUGGAAGAACAAGUCUUGAUCAUGGAACUUCAUGCCAUGUGGGGAAAUAGGUGGUCGAAAAUUGCAAAGCAUCUGCCAGGAAGAACGGAUAACGAAAUCAAGAACUACUGGAGGACCAAAAUCCAAAAACGCAUUAAUCCAUCAAACACAUUUAGUCAUGUCAAACAAAGUACUUCCGAGCAUAAUCUUGAUUCAGCCAAUGCAAGCCAAAACCCUAGUUCAGUCAUCGAAACCUACUCUUCGAUGUCGUAUCCCAGCUGCAACGAUCGAUCAAGCACCGGCCAAAUGUCUGGCGCUACGGAUAUCCCUCAUCAUGCAGUUGAAACAAGUUCAGCAGAUCCAUCUUUUCCAGCAGGCUACCUCGACAACUUUCACGUAAUUCCUUUUUCCAACGUGCCAAAGGAGAUUAAUGCUUGGGCAAUGGAGGAUUUAUGGUCCAUGCAGCGACUUAAUUAUGUGGAUUAGAUAAAUUCAUCACCCUAAUUAGUAACUUAAUUUACAUUUGUUACUUCCAUAUUAUCAUAGUAUAUGUGCAAUUGUUGUAAUCAGAAGGGAGGAAUCUGUGUGUAUGAGUAGUACUCGUUUAUAUUGUGAAUUGCAUUUGUAGUUUUAACAAGCCUACAAGCCAACCCUUGGUUGGUUUCCAGUCUCCCUAAGGCCCGGGUCUCAAGAGGCUAGCUUAUGAAUGUCGAAGGCUGGCAUUCUAAUUUUGCUGGUUUGCCGGUAGUUUUUCCUUGUAGUGAAGCCAUCUCUUGUUGGUUCUGUUUAAUCGUUGUUAACUUUGUUUCGAUGAUUAAUAAAA